AGAGUCAUUUGAUUGAUUUUUAUUGCAUUUGGAUGGUUGAGUGGUUGCGGAAGAAAACAGACAGAUGAGAAUGAGACGUGGUUUCCACAGUUGGUUGGUUUGUCUUUUAUGAAUUUUUCAAAAUAGGUACAUCACAAUACAAUAUUUUUCAAUUAUUUCUAAAUCAUCGAAACACUCGUUUUGAUAUCAUUUUAUAGACGAAGAUAGACAUGACAUCGACAGAGCAAGAUAACACAGAAAAAGCUGAGGAAGAGACUUCUGAGAACAAUGAAGAAAAUGAGAAAGCAGCUCUUUUGGAGUAUAUAUCUAACCUAGAAGCAAGAAUUAAACAAAAAACAGAGAUGCGUAAUCAGAAUUUAACUUGUGUUCGUCCACCUGAAAAUCAUUUUUCAAAGUUGGACUCUGGUUUGAAGAAGAACACUACAUUUGUGAAAAAGUUAAAAUCUUUUAGUGCUUCUCAAAUGGAAGCUCUGUUGAAAGACUUCAGCGUCUUGAAUUUGACCAAAUAUAUAUCUGAAGUUGCUGCUGCUAUUGCUGAAGCAAAGUUGAAGAUGUCAGAUAUUCCAGCUGCAAUUAAUUUGUGUUCAGCACUUCAUCGCACUUAUGUAGAUUUCUCAUCUAAUUUUUUUGAGAAUUGGCAGAAGAUACUGACAUUCAAAGCCACAGAUAAAAUUACAAAUUCUUCUAAAUUGCGUGUAGACAUAAGAUUUUAUGCUGAACUGGUAGCAGUAGGAAUUUUUGCAAAUAAAACUGGUCUGCCACUAUUGGGAAAUGUACUCACUGUACUUAUAAACAUGGAUAAAGAGGAGCACAAUAAUAUACCAAUCUUAUUGUCUUUUUGUAAACAUUGUGGUGAAGACUAUGCUGGUCUUAUGCCGAAGAAAAUCAGAGACACUGCAGAGAAGCUCAACAUCACUGUUCCAAGGAACACUUUCUUGCCAGCGGAGAAGCAGACCGUGGUGCGGACAUUGCUGAAAGAGUACUUCCUGUCUCUGACGAAACACCUAAUGGCUGUAAGGACACAAUUGCAAGCACUCCAUGCAGCCAACCAGCGCACUUUGCACACUAGAGGAGAACUGUCCCAAGAGAGAAAAGACCAAUUAGAAUUACAUCAGGCAACCUAUGACAAAUUGUUGGGUGGAGCCCAAAGUUUUGCAGAGGUCCUCGGGGAGGAGUUGGGAGAGGCAGGGGAGCCCCCAACUCUGUCUCUUGUGGUGACAGAGACCCAGGGCACUGUCAGUAUUGGUGGGACGGAGGAGUUCAACAUGCAAGCGGGUACAGACCCAUGGCAGGAUGAGGAUACUAGAACAUUCUAUACAUGCUUGCCUGACUUGAAAGUGUUCAUGCCAAACUAUCAACCUAAAGAGACAGUGAAAAGUAAGACAGAAGUGACAGAGGAGAUGCUAGAUGAAGAUCUAAAGGAGGAUGAACUCAGUGACGGUGAGGAACCUCCAACUGUCCCAGAUGUAGAGCAGGAAGAAACUCAACCAUCUAAUAUUUCUAACAAAUAUGCCCUAGAUGCAUUCUUAAAUGAACUGCCCAACUGUAUCAACAGAGAACUGAUAGACAAUGCUGCAGUCGACUUUGUUCUGAAUCUCAAUACAAAGAACAAUCGUAAAAAACUAACAAGAGUUCUAUUCAGUGUUGCCAGAACAAGACUUGAUUUAUUACCAUUUUAUUCAAGAUUUGCAGCCAUAUUAUAUCCAGUGUUGCCAGAUGUCUGUGUAGAUUUAUGUCAAAUGCUAAAGCAAGAUUUCAAGUAUCAUGUGAGGAAAAAGGAUCAAAUUAACAUUGAAUCUAAGAUUAAAGUGGUCAGAUUUAUAGGAGAAUUGGUGAAAUUUGGAUUAUAUUCAAAGAUGGAAGCCUUAUAUUGUGUGAAAGUGUUGCUACAUGACUUCAAGCACCAUCACAUUGAGAUGGCUUGCAAUUUGUUGGAAACUUGUGGCAGAUACUUAUAUUGCAAUCCUGAUACACAUCAGCGCACUAUGAUUUAUUUACAGCAAAUGAUGAGGAAAAAGACCGUGUCAGCUCUAGAUUCGCGUUACGUGACGCAAAUCGAAAACGCUUUCUACUACGUAUGUCCUCCUGAAGCGCCAGCACAGCCGAAAGAAGAAGAACCUCCGAUGCACCAAUUCAUAAGGAAAAUACUCCAUGAAGAUUUACAGAAAAGCAACGAGGAGAAAAUCCUAAGGUUGAUGCGUAAACUGAACUGGGACGAUCCAGAGAUUUCAGCUGUUGCCAUCCAACACCUGGCGGGCGGGUGGCGCGUGCGGGCCAGCGCUAGGCGCGCCCUGGCGCGGCUCACGGCUGAGCUGGCCGCCUGGCAGGAGGCUGUGGCGCCGGCCGUCGUUGACACGCUCAUAGAGGAAAUACGAGUGACUAUGGAAGAUCCACACCCAAAGUACAACCAGAGAAGAAUCGCCACUGUCAGAUAUCUUGGAGAACUUUACAAUUACAAGUUACUGGAUUCCCGAGAUGUGUUCACCGUUUUGUACUCUUUCAUCACAUUUGGAGUGACCAAUGAUCAUAGCAAUGUGUCGCCUCUAGAUCCACCCGAAAAUGUGUUCAGAUUAAGACUUGUCUGUGCGUUGCUUGAAACUUGCGGGGCGUAUUUCAACAGCGGUUCCAGCAAGAAGAAACUGGAUUACUUCCUUGUAUUUUUCCAGAAUUAUUACUGGUUUAAAUAUUCCGAUCCUCAUUGGACGGAUGAGAAUAAGUUUCCGAUUUACGUGAAAUAUAUAUACCAAGAGUGUUUGACGACAUUGAGGCCGAAACUAACGUUGUUUACGAGUUGGCAGCAAUGUAAAGAUGCUAUUGAGGAGUUGCGGCAGACGUUGUAUCCGGAGCUUGGAGAAGAAGAACAAUAUGACAAUGAGGACCAGGGCGACGACAGCGCGAACGAUGGCCUAGAUACUAUAAUGGAAACUGACGAUGAAACUGACAACCCUAACCUCCCAGAAGAGAGCUCUGAUGAGGAACCAAUCACCGAAAACACCGGAACUGAGGAGAAUGAAGUGCAAGCUGAGGAUAUAGCUAUUGAACCUAGAAGACCAAAUCCUAAACCUGUGGAAGAUACAGAGUUUGAGACGGCAUUUGAGAAAAUGGUGAUGGAGAAUAUAGCGGAGAGACAACGCGAGAGUAGACCUCAACAGCGGGACAUAGCGGUGCCGAUGACCUGCCGGCAGACGACUAAGAAAACCUACGAGCAGCUGUUGGUAAAUCAAGGUGAGCAAGGCGUAGAGUUUGUGCUGAUGGUCAGAAAAGGGACCAAGCCUCAGUAUAAGUCUUUUAACGCUCCGCCAGAACUUGCGAGUAACCUUCAACAACAGGCGUUGGCUGAUAAACAAGAAAUGGAGAGAGUUAAAAGAUUGACACUAAAUAUAUCAGAGAGACAAGAAGAGGAAGAAUACAGCGCUGAAAGUGGCGGCGGUUCGGGCGGAAGCGGCAACCCUAACAGGGGGCUUCACGUGCGGCAGAAAUACCAGCAUCCCAAGGGCGCACCCGAUGCUGACCUUAUAUUCGGACCUAAGAAGUUUAAAUGAGGAACAGUACGAUUAAAAUUCAAUUUCUGUUCAUGCGAUUUGAAGCCUUAUGACUCGGGUUUAAAUUUCAAAAUACUUUGUAGGUUCACCCAUGUACGUUGUAAAGAGCGACGAGAAUAAAGUUUGUUGAUUCAAACUUGCUCAAAAUGAUAUCAGUAGUUAAUGACAUGGUAGAGUUUAAAAACUGCAGUGCUUACAGAAAAAAUAUUGUCUUCCAAUUUAGAAUUUGUCGUUAGUAAUUAUAACAUAAUGUUUGUACACUAAAAUACUCCAUAGAAUCAGUUUCAUCACUUAGGAAAAUUUCAUUAAUCUGUUAAACACGCAGUAUAGAUGCUUAAUAAAAUUUAUAUUCCAUUCAACAUU